UGACAUUACAGGCGUGAACCACUGUGUACGGCCCUGAAUUUAUAAUUUGAUGUAUUUUGGGGAAUAUAUUCGAAUGAGUAAAUUUAUUGCAAUGAAUUUGCCAGGGCAAAAGGUGUGUAUAUUUAAAGCCUGAUAAAUAUUGCCAAAUUCCCCUCUGCUGUGGUAUUCCAAAUUGUGUUCCCACCAAUACUGGAUAUUAUCACAUUGAAAAAUGUGAUUUUACCAAUCUGAUGUUUUCUUUCAGUUCUAAGAAAAAAUAAAAUGUAGUAUUUUUUUUCUGUCUCUUGUUUUUCCCUUAGUAUUUUGAUUGUCAAAGGCAACAGCAGAUACUGCUGAGAAGGCUUGGUUGUGUAAGAUUGACUGAAAGGAUAGAGAGACAGACCCAGGGUCAGGUUUAGCAAGUUUAUUUCAACCUGCCAGGCUGACUGCCUCACCACAGGCAGUGAAGGCAGCAGUCUAGCUUACAGACUAUAGAGGUUAUAUAAGGGGUUUGCAGGUGGCUGGGGCUAGUCUAAGAAAAACUGCCUCUUGGUUCUUAAAUGCUAACAUCCUGCUUAAUUGGGUUGCCAUCCUGGGUUCGAGGGCCGGGUGUGACCACAUCCUGGAACCCAGGCGCCCUGUUUGCAAAGCGUGAGGCUGUUUUUGCUGUGAGCUCGGCUUAGCAGGAGAGAACAGGGAGGGGGGUCUAUGGGCUUGCCUUGCUGUGACCCUAACAUUCCAGCCUUUUGUUAUAUCUAUAAAAGAAAGAGAGAAGGGGUGACAUUUGUUUCUAGCUGCUUCAUGCUAGGUAGGGAUGCUGGUUGGGGUGAGGCUGGCUUGCAAGUUGGUAGUCCUGGAAUACCAUCAUGUUUUGUAUUGUGCUGCGAGUGAAGGCUUAUAAUUGAUUGUGCAAAAACUGGGUGAAAAGGCAUAAGAGACAAGGGCCAAAGACCAAGAGGAGGAGGAGAGUUAUAGCAGGGCCAAGGAGGAGAAGCAGCCAAGGGGCCCAGGAACCGAGAGACCAGCCGGGCUAGGAGGGCCAGGCAGAAGGAUUGUUUUCUUUUGUUUUUUGGGCUCAGUCUUCAAGUCUUUUGAUUGCAUCUUGCACUAUUCGGAUUGGUUGAGAUAGAAACACCAUUGUUCAUCUAGGAAGACGCCGAGACCUCCUUUUUCGGCGAGAUACAGGUUUACUCCGGAGCAGCAGCAGCUGGUGGAGCAAUGGAGAUGCAAUCUUAUUAUGCCAAGCUUUUGGGGGAGCUGAAUGAACAGAGAAAGAGGGACUUUUUCUGUGACUGCAGCAUCAUUGUGGAAGGGCGGAUCUUCAAGGCCCACAGGAACAUUUUAUUUGCUAACAGUGGCUACUUCCGAGCCCUGCUCAUUCACUAUAUCCAGGACAGCGGACGGCAUAGCACUGCCUCCUUGGACAUUGUCACCUCUGAUGCCUUCUCCACCAUCUUAGAUUUCCUCUAUUCUGGGAAGUUGGAUUUGUGUGGGGAGAAUGUGAUUGAAGUGAUGUCAGCUGCCAGCUACCUGCAGAUGAAUGAUGUGGUGAACUUCUGCAAGACAUAUAUCAGGUCAUCCCUCGACAUUUGCCGAAAGAUGGAGAAGGAGGCUGCUGUGGCUGCAGCGGUGGCAGCGGCAGCGGCGGCGGCUGCAGCAGCGGCUGCAGCGGCGGCUCAUCAGGUUGACAGUGGAAGCCCCAGUACAUGCCGAGAGGGGACCUCCUGUGGUACCAAGAGCUUGGUCUCCUCUCCAGCCAAAGGAGAAAAGCGUGUAGACUGCCUGAGAGAGUCCCCUUGCGGUGACUGUGGAGACUGCCACCCCUUGGAACUGGUGGUGAAAGACAGCCUUGGCUGUGGCUCGGCUGACAGUGACCUCUCUACUCCACCCAACCAGAUAGAGCCCAAGGUGGAAUUUGAUGCUGAUGAAGUGGAGGUGGAUGUUGGUGAACAGCUGCAGCAGUAUGCUGCCCCACUGAGCCUGGCUCACGUGGAGGAGGCCUUGCCCAGCGGCCAGGCAGUUGACUUGGCUUACAGCAACUACCACAUGAAGCAGUUCCUGGAGGCGCUGUUGCGCAACAGCGCUGCCCCAAGCAAAGAUGAUGCAGACCAUCACUUUUCUCGGAGUUUGGAGGGAAGACCAGAAAGUGCAGGAGUAGCCAUGAGUUCCAUGAUGGAUGUCCAGACUGACUGGUAUGGAGAGGACUCAGGUGAUGUGUUGGUGGUCCCCAUCAAGCUCCACAAGUGUCCUUUCUGCCCUUAUACUGCCAAACAGAAGGGCAUCCUCAAGCGGCACAUCCGUUCACACACGGGCGAGCGGCCCUACCCCUGUGAGACCUGCGGCAAGAGGUUCACGCGACAGGAGCACCUGCGGAGCCACGCCUUGAGUGUCCACAGAUCCAACCGUCCAAUCAUCUGCAAGGGCUGCAGAAGAACAUUCACGAGUCAUCUGUCCCAGGGGCUGCGGCGCUUUGGGCUGUGUGACAGCUGCACCUGCGUUACAGACACACCCGACGAUGACGAUGAUUUGAUGCCCAUCAAUCUUAGCUUGGUGGAAGCUUCAUCCGAAAGCCAAGAAAAGAGUGAUACAGACAAUGACUGGCCAAUCUAUGUGGAGUCGGGUGAGGAAAAUGACCCCACUGGAGAUGAUUCUGAUGACAAACCACAAAUUCGUCCCAACUUAUCAGAUCGAGAGACACUUACGUAGCAAUAAACUGGUGGGAGAGAAGUUUUAGAACUUGUUAGUGCACACUCUGUUGCUGAAAGACACCAUUUGUCCAAUUUUGUGGAACCCUGAGAGGAACAUUUUUUCACUGUUAAUGAUAUGUGCAUUUUUAUUAGACUAUCUAAUAUAGGUUGGAUUUUGUGACUCAAAGGACAGAUAACUUUUUUGUGUGGUGCCCUUGGUUUCUGAGGGCUUUGCUGGCCACUCCUUAGUUCUGAGUGAAUCAAGGCAGUUUCUGAGGUCUCCUGUUUUUCUUGCUGUGCGUCCAAACUCUGGUUAGGAGAAAGAUAAGAAAAUAUCCACGUUUGUUUUUCUAUUGACUCAGUCCUCUGCAUUCCUUUGUUAUCCUCUUUCUCUGAAAACCCUUAAGUUGUGGGAUCAGCUUUGCCUUUGCCAGGCCUUUCCUAAUGAAUUCCACAUUAAAUUUUCUGGCAAAGUAUUAAAGAGAAGCCUUCAUUGAUAUAAAGCAGGCAGGGAGGUCUGGCUACAUGAUCAUAAAAGGUACUCUCUAAAUCUAGGACGGCAGUUUUAAAGGCUUGCAGUAUUUAUGGGUAGACAAACAUGGGGAUGAUCUGAAAGACUCAUUAUGGCAUCCUGACUUGCCCAGUUGAAUUACAUUUUAAUUUAGCCCUGAAAAGGGAGGCUGUGAGCCCAGGUCUGGAUGGUUUCCCUGUCUGGUUUGGUAUUUGACGAUUCUAUACAUACCACCUGUUCUGUUAUCAUAAAACAAGUCAUUUGGGCAAAACUCAAAAUGCUCCCCUACGUUUUCCAGCAUUUUCUAAAAGUUAGAGCUGUGUAACUUGGAAAUGUAGCCGCCCUUGACAUUCUUUUACUUAGUUUAUGCUGAUGCAGGGCAGGUGAGCCCAAAAAUUGGGGCUUAGCCCAGGGGAGCUCUUGGCUUCACCCAGGAAAGAAUUCAAGGGUGAGCCAGUGGUGUUAGACAGCAACUUGUAUUGAAGCAGUAGUGCACAGCAGCAGCAGAGGGGCCGCUCCUUGCGGAGCAGGGCUACCCCACAGGCAGUGUGCCCAGAGUGGCAGCUCAGAGGCCAGUCGUUACUCAUAUUUAUACCCACUUUUAGUUAAAUACAAAUUAAGGAGCAGAUUAUGCAGCAAUAUUUAGGAAAGUGGUGGUAACUUCCAAGUCGCUGGGUGGUUGCCAAGAUAAGGGGCAGUGACUUCCAGGUGUUGCCAUGGCAAUGGUAAUUAACAUGGCACAGUGAUGAGCAUUUCUUAUGGAAAGCUGCUUCCUGCACCCCCCACCACCACUGCCCUGUUUUAGCUAGUCCUCAAUUUGGUCCAUGUCUGAGUCCGGUCUUUGGAGUUGAGUCCUGCCUUCUACCUCAUUGCCUAGAAUUUUAAUUGGAGGGAAAGUAUAAGCCCAUAUCACCAAGUUACAUUUCUAAAACGUUCAUCUUUCAAAAGAUCCUCCUGAGGGAAAGGGAAGGUUAGUAGUCAACUUUUAAAAACAGUCUACUUUUCACCCACUUCGCAGCCACACAAUCAUUGUAACAAAAGAGGCUGAAACUCUAAAGGGCUAAAGGGCAGGCAGUAUUAGGAAUUAGGAAUGUAAUUGAAGGCACUUCCCAUAGUUUUGUCUUGUGUUAAAAUAUCCAAAACAGAUUUUAAAAGAAAUCUUUUCUUCCUUUAAGUAUAGUUGUGUUUCAAAAGGUGGUAAAGUCACUUUUCUUUCUGUCUCUUGAACAACAAAAGUCAAAGACAUUAUCAGUUGGCUUGUAAAUGUUAGCCAAAGCAUAGAAAAGUGUUUAAGAGGUACUUUUCAAUAGUAGUUAAAACUGCAACAGUGUAAUUCAAACUGUGGCCCACAGAUAGGCACUGUUCUGUGAAUUGUUUUCAACCAGUCUGCUACAAGGAAUGUCAGAAAUUAAGACUAUGCACGUAGAAACAUUGAUAACACUUUGACAUUGCUGUGACUCAUGGUUUUGUCUUCUUGAGUGGGGUAUAGACCAGCUCAGGUCUGCUUAGCUAGAGACCCACAUGGUGCAGAAGUUGGAUACCCGCCUGUAUAAUAGGGCCACAUAUUGGUUUGCAGUAGAUUGGAAAUUUUAAAACUUCUUUUAACACAGGUAGUUUGAUAAAUAUCGUUCUUGACUGAGGGCAGUGGCUCACACCUGUAAUCCUAGCACUUUGGGAGACCGAGGCAGGUGGAACACUUGAGGUCAGGAGUUUGAGACCAACCUGGCUAACAUGGCGAAACCCCUACAAAAGCUAGCCAGGAAUGGUGGCACGUGCCUGUAAUCCCAGCUACGAGCAUCACUUAAGCCCAGGAGGCAGAGGUUGCAGUGAACUGAGAUCGUGCCCUGCACUCCAGCCUGGGCAACAGAGUGAAACCCUGUCUCAAAAAAUAAAUAAAUAAGAAA